AUGCUCAAGCUCAAACCUUACAUUGAGAUACUUGCAAGUUCGUUUACUGUUCAGCAGGAAAAAGAUGCAAUCAUGGAUAGAAAAUGUCUAAAAGCAAUUAUAAUUACUGAGGAUGAGUGGAGCAUAGUUGCUAAUAUAAUUAAAAUUUUAAAACCUUUUAAUAACAUAACAAAUUAUAUUUCAGGCAAUGAAGAUAUUAAUGAUGAUUUUACGAAUAAACAGAUAGAUCUUAAUACUAGUUCAACAAGUUUAUUUGAUAAGGAGAAAGUAUCAGAUGAAGAUGAAGAAGAUACAGAACAAUUCAAGUCUCUAGCUAUAACAAUAGAUCUGGUCGAAAGUAUUAAAAAAAUAAUAGCAAAGUUAUUUUUAAAGUAUUAUAAGUUUUUUGAUGAUGAAAUAUUACUUAUCGCAAUAGCAAUUGAUCCAAGUGAUAAAAAUUUGAAAUUAUUAUCAAAUAAAGCAAUACUUGAUUUAUCUGGAUUAUUCAUAUCAACAGUUUUUACUGCAGUUCAAAAAAAUUUGAUACACAAGAAUAAGGUUAAUCAAUAUCUUAUGAUGGAAAUGAUUGGACCUUUGGAAAAUCUUCUACAGUGCCACUUCCGUCCCUGUGAGUAUCUCUUUUCACAAUGUAAAAAUGUAAUGACUAAAAAAAGGACUUGGUUAACACCACAAAUAUUCA